AUGGGAAAAGACAGGAACGAAACGGAUGCCAGGAAAAAGCACACCUUCAAGGACGACAAUGUUUGCAAGUACUACUUAGUUGAUUUUUGUCCGCACGAUCUUUUCCCCAACACAAAAAGUGACAUAGGAAGAUGCAAAAACAUACAUUCAGAAGUGCUAAAGGAACAACUGGCAAAUCAUGAAGAUUAUAAAUACUACCUAGCAAAGUAUCAGCAAAAGUUUAUGAAAACGCUGGAAGAUAUUGUCGAAUUGGCCGAUCACAAAAUUGAGAGGAGCAAGGAGAAAUUAAGGUACAUGUCGGAGAAUAGCAAAAAUCCUGUUGACAAGAAGGAGAAAAUCGAAAGCAUCAGCAGUCACAUAGAGGACUUACAAAAAAAGGAAGAAGAAGCUCGGGAAAAGGGGGACUUAAUCAAGGCAGACAGUUUUAACAGCCAAGUGACCACCCUCCAAGCAGAAAUCAAAAGGUUAAAUGAGGAGCCUGAGAAGGUGGCAGAGCCAAAUUUGAAGGUUUGCGAAAUAUGCGGCGCCAUGAAAUCGACGGGGGACCACACUCCGAAAUUGGAAAAUCAUGCUAAUGGAAAGCAGCAUUUAGGAUUUGAAAAGAUAAGAAACGCGCUAAGCAAAUUGAAAGACAGUGUAAAGGAACGAGAAAAAAUUAUUGAGAAAUAUAGAAAAGAAAAAUAUGCGCAUGAUGAGAAAUCCUCCAGAAGAGAAAGAAGCCCCCGCCAUCGUGAACACAGAAAAAGAUCGAGAAGCCAUAGAAGAAGUUCAAAACAUCACAGAUCCCAUGAUAGGCAUAGUCGGACACAUCACUCCAGUAGGAGCAAGCGGUCGAGAAGGCAUUCAUCUUCGCAUAGAAGCAGAUCCAGUAGCUCAAGACGUUCCAGGGGAAGACAUAAAGGGCGAUCGAGUAGACACAAAUGA